AUGGAUUUUAUUGAACGGCAAGCAGAAGAAUCAGAUAGAGAGUCAACAUCAUCGUCAUCGUCAUCAUCAUCUACUGAACAGCAGCCAAAAGCAAAGAAGAGGAAGAUUCAAAAAGAGAAGAAGAAGAGUAAGCGUGUCGUCGAAAGCGAUGACGAAGAUGAUGAAGAGGAAGAUGAUGAGGAGGGUGCAGAAGAAAUGAAAGGUUUCAUUGCCGAUGAGGAAGAAGAAGAUGAUGUGGACGAUGAUAAAUCGGAAAAAUCGGAAAAGUUAGAAGAUGAAGAGGACGAAUUGGACGACGACGACAUUGAUCUUAUUCAAGAAAAUCUCGGCAACAGAAAAGAGAAGAAGCAGCGCAUUAUUCAACCAGAUGACUCCGACGAGGAUGUUGAUGACCGUACUGCUAUUCAAAAGAAGCUCUUUGGAGAGGGAGACGACGGUGAGGGCCCUUCAAGUCCACGAGACGAACACAGCGAACCCGGAUCUGAAAGAGAUCGGUAUUCAGAUUCAGAACAGAGUGAGGACAACUUUAUCGUCAAUGAAGAUGGAGGUCGGCAUACGCAUAGGCAUCAUAGGAGGAGAGAUGGAAAUAUGCCUGAAGGUGCGCUUGAUGAAGCGCGAGACGUAUUUGGCGUUGAAGACUUCAAUUUUGAUGAGUUCUAUGACGAAGAUGAGGAACCUGUCGACGACGAGGAGGAAGAGCAAGAAGAUCUGAUGGACGAUGAGGGCGAAGGAGAAGCGAGAGUGCGACGGGUCCGAACGAAAGAGAAAACCAGUACUCUUCUAGACACCAUGGAGCCAUCGGAACUUGAGCGAGGUUUCAUGGCUCCUCUGGACAAGAAGAUACAAUUAGAAGACAAGCCCGAAAGGUUCCAAUUACGACGAACGCCCGUGACUGAAGCGGACGAUAUGGAACUGGAGCUUGAGUCAAAGUGGAUUUAUUACCAUGCAUUCUGCGCCACGUCUAUCUCUCUCCAGAAAUCAACGCGCUUGGCUUUCGUCAGCGAAUAUCGUGGUGAUGAUCGAUCACAUUGUGAGGAUGAAGCGAGGGAGACUAUCAAGGAGGCCCUGAAGUUCAUGCGCAAUCAUCUAUUCGAGGUUCCUUUCAUAGCGUUUUACCGCAAGGAAUUGGUUAAUUGCGUGUUAUCAAUAAGCGAUCUUUGGAAGGUUUACGAAUGGGACGAAAAAUGGUGUCACUUGCAAAACCGAAAGAAAAAACUUGUUGACUUGAUGAAACGCAUGCAGUACUAUCAAACAGAGUCGCUACAGAACUUUCGCCGCGCAGUCUCUGAUGAGGACAUCAUUGAGGUUCAAAACGUGAACACUGUCGAAGCACUGGGUGAUUUAUCAGCACAGUUCCACGUCUAUUAUGGUUCUGAAGUCGGGCGUAUGCUGGACUGGGAAGCUGCCCAGAAAGAUAUCGAUGAGGGAGGUGACGGCACUAAUGUUCACGGAACCAGGUUUCGGCAAAGCACCCGAAAUGAUCGAUAUCAAUUGUGUGUCGAUAAUGGUAUUGGUGAAAUGGUGGCAAGAUUUGGAAUAUCUGCUCGGCAGCUCGCUGAAAAUCUGGAUUGGAAGAAACAUGACGUAGAACAAGACCCGGUCGCUCCCAAAGUGGCAGCAGCAGAUUACACGAGUCCCUCUUUUCCUACUCCAGAAACUGUCAUAGCUGGUGCGAUUUAUAUGAUGGCUCGGGAGCUCAGUCGAGAGCCAAUUGCACGUGAGCGCAUUCGGUCGGAGUAUCGUUCUCAUGUAAAACUUUACGUACGUCCGACUCAGAAAGGUCGCGAACACUUGGACGAGACAAGCCCUGUUUGGAAGAUGAGAUAUGUAAAAGGCAAGCCGGUAUCUAGACUGGAAGAGGACGAGUAUUUGUACUAUCAUCAAGCAAAAGUAGCGGAACACCUGGAAAUAAAAUUUGUGUUUGAGAAGGAUGUGGAUGAUUCUAUGGUUGCGCGAAGUUUGUCAGAUGCUCUUCUUGCAGAGCAGCCGUACAGAGUGGACGAGUACUCCGAAGUUGUUGAAGAAUGGAAUUCAAUACGAGAAAAAGCCACGAGAAUGGCUAUUGAUGAGAUGGUGCUUCCUUUCCUUGAGAAAGAACUUGAAGAAAAACUUUUGGAAGAGGCGAAACAAUGUGUUCUUCUGAAAUGUGCAAAGGCUAUGUACACACGAUUGGAGCCAGCAGCAUUUCAACCUACAGAAGAACAGCUUGAGGAUGAGGAUGAGGAUGUCGUUCGCCAGGGAGAAGUGCGUGUUAUGGCGAUUGCCUAUCCUAGCGAUUUCAACGAAGCUUCGUUUGGAGUGCUUGUUGACCAGGAUGGAGCUAUAAUAGAUUAUUGCCGAAUGGUACAUUUUCUUAAGCGCUCCGGUGGAUAUGGGCCCAAUCAAAAUCUUAAGGCGGAAUCAAUGAACUUUUUCAAAAAGUUUGUUGAACGUAGGCGUCCGCAUGUGAUAGGGCUGUGUGGAGAAAACUUGGAGAGUAUUCGUCUUCGUCGUGACAUCGAGGAAUGUCUAAAUUCCAUGGUCGCCGAAGGAGAAAUCUCACGAGCACCACCAGUGUACAUUAUGGAUAAUGAGGCUGCUAAGGUGUACAUGUUAUCAAAGGGUGCAAUCGCAGAACAUUCUGGCUACCCUCCCACACUUCUUCAAGCAGUGUCCUUGGCCCGACUUCUUCUUGAUCCUCUUUGGGAAUACGCUCAUCUGUGGAAUGCUGAUGAAGAUAUUUUCUGUCUUAACUUCCAUCCAUUACAAAGUGAAGUCAGCAGGGAGGACUUGAGUAAUGCGCUUUCACGCGAACUCAUAAAUCGGGUCAACGAAGUGGGUGUUGAUGUCAAUAGGUGUUUGGAACAUCCGCACACCGCUAAUGUACUCCAGUUCGUUUGUGGGCUUGGACCGCGAAAAGCCACUCAUCUUUUAAAGAUGUUGAAACAGCAUGAUCAUUUGCUCGAAAGUAGGACGAAGCUCGUAACGCUCUGUCGUAUGGGCCCCAAAGUUUUUAUGAACUGUGCGGGAUUCAUCAAAAUCGACACAGCGCGGGUUGCUGAGAAAACGGAUGCUUACGUCGAAGUGCUUGAUGGCUCUCGUGUUCACCCUGAAACUUACGAGUGGGCUAGAAAGAUGGCGGUCGAUGCGCUAGAGGUAGACGAUUCCGCAGAUCCAACCACUGCUUUAGAGGAGAUUCUGCAGGCCCCCGAUCGCCUGAAAGAUCUCGAUCUGGAUGCAUUUGCAGAAGAGUUGAAGCGACAGGGUUUCGGUGAAAAGAAAGCAACCUUGUAUGACAUCUCUGCUGAGUUGAAUCACAGAUACAAAGACCAACGAAGGCCUCUCGUGCCUCUUAGUGACCAGGAACUUUUUGCUUUGCUAACGAAAGAAUCCAAGAAUUUGAUGGAAGAAAAACGGGUUUGUGGUGUAGUUACGGGUGUACAGUUCAAGAAAAUUCCUGAAGACCAACGAGCUGCUUAUAUAUCUGGGCAAGAACACAUGCAACGUAUCCAAGAAUCCGAGUAUUGGGAGUGCUCAUUUUGCCGAAUGCCUAUUAUUUCCAACAAGCUCUACGAACAUUUAGAGAUUAAGGACGCACGAAAAGGUGGAUGUCCAGGAAUUCCUGUUGGUAUUAGAGUGAGGCUCGAUAAUGGUAUCAGCGGAUUUAUCCCCAACAAGAUGAUUUCGGACAAACCAGAAUCCUUCAAAAAUCCCCUUGAAAGGGUUAAGAUGAACCAGCCAAUCUACUGCCGAAUAAUGAAGCUGGAGCCCGAAAAAUUCUCUUGCCUUUUAUCAUGUCGAACAUCUGACCUCAAUAAAGAACCAGUAGCCGAACAUGACAUAUAUUGGGAUUACGCUUCAGAAAGAGAAGACAUAGAGAAGGAUCGAAGUGCUAAGAGUCAAAAGACGGAGUCUAAUUUCACUCAUCGGCAAAUAGUUCAUCCACAAUUCCACAAUGUCAGUUAUCGCGAAGCUCAAAGGAUGCUGAAUGCAAAGGACACGGGAGACAUCAUCAUUAGACCGUCGGCAAAAUCCACAAAUCGGUUGACCAUUUCAUGGAAAGUCACCGAUGGUGUUGUGGCCAACAUUGAUGUCGAAGAACAUGAUAAAGAAGAUCCAACUGAGCUCGGGCGCCGACUCACCAUUCUAGGAGAGGACUUCGACGACCUUGAUGAAGCUAUUGCUCGCUUUUUGUACCCAAUGGCAGACCUUUGCAGGGAUGUAAUGUCUCACAAGUACUUCAUGGAAGGUGUUUUCUCUGAAGAACGUGACAGGAUCGAUGCCAGACUUCGCGACGAGAAACGAGCAUCACCAUCACGAAUUCCAUAUACGCUGACUGCAUCUCGUACAUAUCCAGCAAAGUUCGUUCUUUCCUAUCUGGCAAGGGUGAAACCGUGUCACGAAUAUAUAUCAGUGACUAGUGAAGGUCUGAAGUUUCGGCAAAAGUUCUUCGCUUCUCUCGAUGCUCUUCUCGCUUGGUUCAAGGUUCACUUUCGCGAACCUCCGCCAGGAGUGCAACAUCGUCGGUAG